UAUAUAUAUAUAUAUAUAUAUAUAUAUAUCCAUCCCUUCAUCAAACAAAAACAUCAUAUCACAAGUAGUUAAGCAUUCGCAAUGAGAACUCGGACACUAGUCUUUGGCCUUACCUUAGCCUUUCUUUUCAUCUAUGGAGCUCACUCUGUUACAAUAACCAUUACAAACAACUGUGCAUAUACUAUCUGGCCAGCAGACCAAACAUCAGCUCAGCAAUCUCAGUUAUCAAACACUGGAUUUGAGCUAGCAUCUAAAGCAUCCACAUCACUGGUUGUCCCAGCUCCAUGGAACGGCCGGUUUUGGGCCCGAACCGGAUGCUCCAUAGAUGGCUCGGGAAAGUUCACUUGCGCUACUGCAGAUUGUGGAACCGGCCAGGUUGCAUGCAACGGCAACGGUGGAGCCCCACCAGCGUCUUUGGCAGAAUUCAACUUAGCAGCGAAUGGUGGCCAAGAUUUCUACGAUAUCAGCCUUGUAGAUGGCUUCAACCUGCCCCUAUCAAUAACUCCACAGGCUUCAUGCACUGUGCCCAACUGUGCUGCCAAUGUGAACGAGGCCUGCCCAGCAGAGCUACAAGUGAAAGGGUUUGAUGGGAGCGUAAUUGGUUGCAACAGCGCAUGCAUAGAGUUCAAUCAACCGCAAUACUGUUGCACUGGCGCUUAUAGUACCUCAACCACAUGCAAACCCACAAACUAUUCUAUGUUCUUCAAGAACGAGUGCCCUCAGGCCUAUAGUUAUGCCUAUGAUGAUCCUACUAGUCUCUUUUCGUGCACCGGCGGACCUAACUACAGUAUCACGUUCUGUCCAUGAAUAAUAUAAUAGAGGGAAAAAAAAAACUACACGUUCCUUUCACUACGAUAAAAAGCAAACAAAUAAAUAGCUUGUCCAUGAGCUAUAUAUAGGAAGGAUCAAAUAUCUGUAUCGUUAAUGAAUAAUUGAAUUAUCCUGUAUGGAAACUAAAUAAUGAUAAAAACUUGUUCUCGUCUACGUCCUUGUAGACGGGUAAUAUAUCUGUAUUUGUGCUUAUGACAAAAAAGUUUUAUCUAGCUGCCA